GCAGGCCGCCGCUAUGCCGGUGCAGUUUCGCCUGCUCCGCACCUACUCGCGCCGUGGCGGUUGCCUCCGCCGGGUGCCGCUGCCCGACCGCUGGAUUUCGCCGCCUCAGGACCGUAAGCGGUUCUUCAGCUCGACCUCUGCCGGCUCCAGCGCCGCUUCAGCCAGCUCCAGCGCUCUCUCCACCCAUUCGGACGACCCCGACUUCUCGCCGUCCCUCAAGCGCCUCCCACAGCUGCUGGGUAAGCGCCCCGUCUUCCCCUGGCGCCUGCGAACCCGCCGCAACGGAGCCGCGAACAAGGAGAACAGGGCUCCGGGGCCGCCGGACCUCGCCUCCUCUCCACCAUCGCUGCCCCCGUCCCCGCGCGGAGCCUCCCGCCGCCGCCAGGGGCCGCCCUGCGGGGCGAGGCGCCCUCUGCUGUGCAGCACCCCGCAGUGGCCGCUGCCGCGCCGUCGGACUCGCCGCCGCCGGGCCCCGCCGGCCGAGCUGAGCAGCACCGCGGAGGGCGGCUCGCGGGUGUACGGUAGCCUCCAGCUCCGCUCCCCGCCGCGCAAGCAGAGCAGUGCCCCGACCGACACCCCCCAGAGCGCGCUGGAGCUGUCUCAUGGGGACUUGGAGCAGCUCUCGCUGUUGCCGGGGGUUGACAGCGGGAGGCGGGAGGCAGCCGGACGGUCCUGUUCCAAAGGCACAGGCGGGAUCCCUGAGCCAGGCCCCGAGGCGCAAAGGUCCCCCAGGGUUCUGAGGACGUUGGUGCAGGAACCCUGCCGGGAACAACCUCCCUUGUCCUCCCAGACAGCCACAGCAGCACUGUCUCCUGUUAACAGCCACCGACAGCGCUCUGCCCCAUAUGAUGACGAUGCCAUUUCUAAUGAGCCAUCUGAUGCUCUAAGUAGAGCUGCAACAAAAGGAACCUCGAGCUGUCAGAGAAGCAGAGCUGAGAAGUACCAGCUUAUGCCAGUGGUGGUUCUGGACCCUCAAGAAGUGGCGGUGUGGCUGGCAAGCACGAAACAAAACAGAAAGGGAGAUACUCAGCUUGCCUGGCAGCAGCCAGCCUCUCCUUUGGGCUUUCAAGGACCCUUAGAGAAUAAACAUAAAACCACCAAAGUUGUUUCUGGAGAGGCCAGUACCUGUAGAAAAGCUUGCAUCAGUGGCUUUAGUGCCAGCCGCUGGGGGAUGCCAAUCAGGUUCGGUCCAAAAAGGCUCAAAAACAAGAGGCAGCAGCAGCAGCCUAAGAACUCCCUUUCCAGACCACAGAUGAGGCAAAAAGGAAUGAAAAGGGGUGUGCUAGCGAUGUCUGUAGAUGUAAGCAGCAAUGACUAUUCACUCCUCAACAGGUCCUAUUCCUGGGGUAGGGUUCAAGCAUCUUUCUCCUUCCAUAAGAAGAAGAAAGUUACCAUGGAUGACAGUUCCUGCAACAGCAUCGUUUGCACCCCUUCCAUGAAAUCCCACCUCUCAGAGCAGCAAGCAAUGCUAUCUGCUGGUAAGUCUCAGUGCUCUAUUUGGUCUGCUUCCUCCAUGGCCCUGCUGUCUCCUAUGAACAACUUUUCUGUUCUGGAAGUAAUGCUUACAGAUGCAGAGAAGGUGUUUGGGGAAUGCCAGCAGGAAGGGCCUAUUACUUUUGAGGAAUGCAUUCCUCUAGAUAAGAUGAAAGAUUGCAAGAAAAUAGGAGAAGGGGUGUUCGGAGAGGUCUUCCAGGUUGGCAGCGAGAGAGGACCUGUGGCCUUAAAAAUAAUUCCCAUUGAGGGGACUGAAAGAGUAAAUGGAGAAUCUCAAAAGAGCUUUGGAGAGAUUCUGCCUGAGAUAAUAAUAUCAAAAGAACUCAGUCUUCUAUCUGAAGAGUCUGUGAAUAGAACUGUUGGGUUCAUCAGCUUGUAUUCUGUGCACUGUGUUCAAGGGGCUUAUCCUAAGUAUCUCCUGGAAGCCUGGGACAAAUACCAUGAAGUAAUAGGAUCAGAAAAUGAUCGGCCAGACCUUUAUGGGGACAAGCAGCUAUUCAUGAUACUGGAGUUUGAAUUUGGGGGCAGUGACUUGGAGAAUAUGAGAAACAAGUUAAAUUCAGUGGCAACAGCGAAAAGCAUUUUGCACCAGGUCACUGCUUCCCUGGCUGUGGCGGAACAGGAACUGUACUUUGAGCACAGGGACUUGCACUGGGGGAAUGUACUGGUAAAGAAAUCUAAUGUCAAGAAGCUGAGUUAUGUGUUGAAUGGGGCAACACACACAAUCCCCACAGCAGGGAUUCAUGUCAACAUCAUUGAUUAUACCUUGUCUCGGCUGGAGAAGGAUGGCUUAACUGUGUUUUGUGACCUUUCCACUGAUGAAGAACUGUUUAAAGGCACAGGGGACUACCAGUUUGAUAUCUACAGGCAAAUGAAAGUGGAGAACUCCAACAGCUGGUCUGACUAUCAUCCACACAGCAAUGUCCUCUGGCUGCACUACUUGUCAGAUAAACUUUUGAAAGGUGUGGACUACAAGAAAAAGGAAAAAACUUCUGCUCUGAAGAAAAUAAAGCAGCAGCUGGAGAAGUUCCACAGGGAAGUACUGAACUUUGAGUCUGCCAAUGAAGUUUUACAAAACAGCAGCCUUUUCCACUGAGCAAGGGAGUGCAGUGCUUCCAAGAACUAAGUUACUGAUGCUGCCUUUCUC